CCUUCAAACCAAAUUUCAGGAUUUUUGGGUGUCUGGAUCAACGGGAAUGAAUUUUUGAAGACGGACUACUCUGGAACUCGCCUGCGUUCUGUUCUGUUCCUGAACAGAGCCUGAUGACUGUGACAGUUCGGCGCCUUCAGCCUUCAACGACUUGACCUUACAGGGCUCCGAUUGCAGUGAUUUUUGGAGCGUCCCUUCAUAAUCAUCAGAGGCAGCUACCCACCAAAUUUCAGCCCAAUUCGAGCUGUGUAUGAAUUUUAAUGAUUUUUGGAAGAUCGGCAAAGCCUGAGAAUCCAGAACCUUCACCAGAGAACCAGGGAGCUUAAGCUGUCCAGGACAGCGCGCGUGCUUCGGCGUCAAUCGAAGCUUGCCUCACCCCUUCAUCGUCUAGCUCCAGGGGUUUAAUCCUCAAUCUGGUGACGCCUCUCCACAUUCGAAAUUCUGCUCUUAAUCUUUGCCUUUGUCAGUGAUUUGCUCGCCCUUGUUUGAAGUGCAUUGUAGCCCAACGGUGGAAGGUGUUGCGGACAGCAGGGCCUAAUCGAUUGCAGCUACACCUGUUAGGAGACAUAGCUUACGCCAGGCUAAGCGGCGCUUGCAUCCCCCUAAACUCAACAACGAACAGGGGUAAAAUGUUCUCACGGUGAAGUCUCCUAACGAUGCUUGGAAAUACUCCGUUUCCUUGCUAUUUUCGACAGUAACCUUCUCUAUUCAUUUUCUGGAGUGUAUUGCUGAGAAGGAGGAGCAGUCCAGCAACCGUGUGCUGAGCUGAUCCCGGGAGAAGAAGGGUGUACGCUGUCACCUUGUCAGCGCUAGCUUCCCCCUACUUCAUCACAGCACUAGGGGUUCCAACGUUUCCAGCUAAGUGCAAUCCCUUCUCCCGUCUUGAGUUGCUGAAUUACAAAACAGUAACUAUGCUGUCUAUGUCUUGAGCAAGGAGGAGAGACCAACUUGAACGGGCACCUCGCUUGCGAAGACCGACGUGCUGAUUACCAAGGGGCUUUGGCCUUUGCCCUUGGUCGCUUGCUGAACUAGCUUCAGCCAGGUAGGCACCCGAAUCACCCUAUAGAUUCGAGGGCGGGUGCACUUGUUUUCAGCCUUGCCUCCGGGCGUGUAGUGCUUGGGUUACCUCCAAAGCUCGUUAGCUAAGGACACGAACCCGGACUACGGACCUUCCUAGGGUGCAUGGUGAUGGUUUGCACGUCCUAAGGAUUGUAUGCGUGGUUUGAUGAAUGGGAUGAAUGCUGGAAUGAGUGAGGAAUGAGUUCAUGUUGUACGCUCCGCUUGUAAGGCCUCGAACCCACAUUGUUGUAAUAGGUUCAGACCUAGCUAGCGAGGGGAUAAACCAUUCCUUGUAUCUUUACCCAAGGGCAUUUGAGCUGGGAUUGUGUCCAGCCGGGGUUGAAAUUUUGUAAGGCCAAUCUUGGGCCAGCUACAUUACCACUAAGAGGUCUUGGGAGGUUACGUUCGUCGGCGGCUUUGAGGCGCUACAAGGGCGGAUGUAACAGUUUGGUAUCAGAGCGGCUUAGUGGGAUUUCUUGUUCAGUUUGGUUCAGCUAAGGCAGCAUAGAGUCACGGUUUUGAGCAGCUUAGUCUUCUGAAAUUCGAUCUUGAAAGUGAGUUUCUAUCGCAGCCAUGUGGCGCAAAGAGAAACAACCGGUUAGAGAAGUUGAGGAAACCGAAAUAGUUGAGGAGGCAGCUACCGCUGCUCAUGUAGAACCUCAUCUCACACUUCCUUCAGCUGACUUAAGCACUUUAAUAACAUCUAUACAGCAGCUUACAGCCCAGCAAGCGGCAUUCAUGAAAGAAACGCAAGUCAUCCAUGAACGAUUAGCCCAUAACCAAGAAGAAGAGCCCGCCUACGGGUACAGCUCAUAUGAGGAACAAAACUCAUAUAGUGAUUCGGAUGAGUAUGAGCCAUCUUACGCUAGUGAGGACUGCAAUCCUAUUGAGGAGAUGGAUGAAGAGGAAGGUGAUGAUCAACAAACCAAUUCUGAGAGUUCCGAUCAAGGAGAUGAAUACUCCAAAGCGAGCCAACAUAGUGAGGAUGAACGGUUGACUACCAAUGAAAUCGAGGAUCAGUCAAGUGAUGAAUCUUGCAAAGAAUGGGGAGACGACUAUGGGGAUCCAUCCCCUAAUGACCAUUCCAGUUCUUCACCCCAUGAGUAUCGUGGGUUCACUUUGGCUAAAACAAGGUUGUAUCACCCCCGAAUCAGCAACUUCACGUUCGGGUAUGCAACUAGUAGUGGGACAACUCACAAGAGGGAAUCCAACUAUUGUGAACCACUACUGCCCUUAGUUGGUCAUAAUAGAUUGCAUAAUUACAGCCCACAAAAUUCAACGAACCCCUUGAGGUGUGGGCCAACGAAGGCAGCAAGCUUACAGCCCUCUACUGCCAUUUCGCUUAAGUCAACCAGCAGCCAUUCAAAGCCAAAUAAAAAUCAGAAAAUCCACAACCGGGCAGAUCAGCAAAAAGGGAACAAGCUGAAAGAUAUUUUGGCAACCUCAGAUUUAGGAAGGAGGCCUAAGCCCCGAACAAGGAGCAACUUUGUAAAUGGUCCUUCACUGAAAACAGAGAACCGAAAUCAACAACUUUCAAAGGAACCAUUGAAAGAUCCCCUACCAGCAGCGUAUAAUUUGCGGGAGGCAAUAAGGAAGAUUCAGUCCUCUACCAAACCCGAUAAAAUGCAGCAACAAAAAACGACCAGCAGUCGUGUUCCUGUUCGGAACAAGAUGCCAAUUCCAGCAAGGCUUGAACCCGCUAAAAAUGCUAACGUCUUGAGAAUAAGUCCAGCCAUGGUACGCAAGAAAGAACAGGUUGCUAAGGCACCCGAGGGAGCUAAGGUGGGUGAUGAUGGUACAGCCACCAUUAGAGAGCAACCACCAGCCGAGAAGCCCCAUUUCACUCUAACUGAUGCGUUGACCAUGAUUAGACGGAUUGUAGCGAAGAAUGACGAACUAUUAGAGCAAAUGUACUUCCAACGACAGAAUGAGCAAAGAACCUUCCUAAGUGCGCCAGCUCAUGGGCAAGGCAAUGGCCCCCAACAAGAGCAGGCUGAGAAUUCGGAUAAAUCGGAUGAAGAGGAUGAGGCUGUGGCAACCCGUGAGAAACCAACCGGUCAAUUCCCGACUUCUAACGAUAAAAUUUCAGAUUUAUUAAAGGACCUGAAAACGGGUGAGCAUCAAACUCUAGAAAGGCGAAAUGAAAACAUUAAGAAUGCUGAAAUCCAUGAGGACAAAGAGCUCGCCCCUAUGGACCACAUUGAGGUAGCGGCAACCCUUUAUGAUCAGCUGGAAUCAAUACCAUGGAGUACCUUCACAGCGAGUGAGGCAUCAUCUAAGGAGGAUGGCGAUGACAACACAAAUUUUUCAGCCCGUAAGAAUGGGAACUGUGGCCAGCUAGAAUGGGCAGAUCUUGGGCAGAACGUGUUGAAGCAACUCCCAAACACCACCUUCGUUCUUAAGACCAAUAAUAGUCUUCACAUGCCAACGUUUGCACAUUAUCUUAAGGCUGAAGUGCACCCACAAGUUAGGCUGAUUUUUGACCAUGGGAAGUCCAUACAAGGGUCGGCAACAAAAUGUUACAAGGAACUUCACAAGAGAAUGGAGUCCCAACUUGGACGACUCCCGAUCGAUUAUGGACCGUGCUACCCUCUACUAUUGAUAGGAUGGUUCAAGGCCAAACUGGGAAACGAAUUGGCAGCACUUGGAGAGCGUUGUAGGGCAAGGCCUAAGAGGCUUAAAGGCCAAGUCUAUGAUCGAGGAAGGUUGCAUGGGGCAGCGAUAUUAAGUGACAACCCAAGACAUCAAGACCAGCGAAGGACAUUACUGGGGCUGUUGCAGCGGGAUUAUGGACCAGCUAGAAGCAAGGCCUCGCUGGAUAAGAGUGGUCGGUUCACCCUAGGGGACUGCCAAGGUCGAGCUUGGGGACAAGCUCGUUCUAAGGGGGGUGGAUCUGUUACAGGUCCGCCUAGGAGUUGGCCGAGGAUUGCCAACGAUGCCGCCGAUGGCCGACCGGGUGACGAGACCAGCCAGCUACAACGCCGGGCGAGCGUCGGCCACGAGCGCCAAAGUGGGCCGGGCACGGCCGAAGGUGGCGCGGGCCAGCACGCCGUCGCGAGGCUGCCGAGAGAUGAGGGCGCCGAGCGCCCACGCCGAGCGGGGAAAGCACCCGCAGCCACUGACCCUGCUUCCUUUUGUUGUGAGGCUAACGUGUUUUGCAGGGUGCGGGACCGGGACGCAAAGGAGGUUACCCAUGGAGGGGCCACGGCUGCGGUUGCCGAUGACGACGCCAAGAGCCCGAACGCGCCAGCCAUCGCGGAGGAGAGCACGAGCGAGGGUACUACGCGGCCAAGGGAGGUUGAUGAGAUGACAGCCCCACACUCGACCCGUGCACUUACUCCGAGUGAGGCUAGCCCGUCGAUUGGAGGACUUCAUGCUAAAGCGCUUGGACACGGUGAGGCCACGCUGCCCACCCAAGCCAAGCCAGACGUACUCGAGCGGAGUGGGCUGGACUUAGCACGCGGGGCUCAGCUUGCUGGACACGACAUGGAGACAGGGUGUUCUGGACAGAGACUGACGAGUUCUAGACUGUCAAACGGAGGACGCACGGACUGGACAGGAACAGGGGUCGUUCAGGCGUUCAGAACAGAGACAGAGCUGACAGACAGGACGGACAGCCACAGGACAGGCACAGAGGAUGUCCUGACGUCCGGAACAGAGACAGUCCAGGAAACUGAGACGGGCAGAUACGAAGGCCGUCUAGACCGAGUCUAGACGAAGUGGGUUAGGACCCAAGCGAGGCAUCGAGGCAGCACCCAGGAGCGGAAGGGAGACCCGAGUUGGAGUCUUGUUGGUAGGCCGUCUCGGCCGUACCGAUUCACUUUGUACAUGUUUUAUUUCAGCUUUUGCUCUUGUACCGGGACGGUUCAGGGGCGUCCCGAGUGACUUAGCCUUUAUAAGCUAAGUGAUGGAACUUUUACCCUAAGUUUUUGCAUAAUGAAAUAGAGUUUCUUCUCUCUCGCACGAGAGUUUGUUCCCAUGGAGGCUGAGAAGCUUUCCCCCAUGAAUGCCUGCAACUCCCUUCCUCUCUG